AUGGAUGCGUUCCUGUCGAAGAAGCAACAGCUGAAAGAGGACCUCCAGCGGUCGCGGAGUAGAAUCUCCAUCUCCUUCGACCUCUGGACCUCGCCAAACCCGUACGCAAUCCUGGGUGUCGUCGCCAUGUGGAUUGACGCCACCGGCAAGCGACGAAGUACCGUCCUGGGCAUGCGACGCGUUCAUGGCGAGCACAGUGGCGAGAAUCUUGGGUCGACCGUUCUCGAAUUAUUGACGGAAUAUGACAUUGGCGGAGAUCAGAUUGGAUACUUCAUGCUGGACAAUGCUUCAUCCAAUGAUACCGCUGUUGAGUUUAUACUCAAGGAGCUCUGCCCAUGGAUGAAGCCGCAACAGCGUCGCCAUCGCCGACUGCGCUGCUUGGGUCACAUUGUCAACCUCUGCUGCCAGGCGUUUCUCAUGGGUCGAAAUUAUGGACAGCACUGGUUCGAGCUUGAAAAGAUCGAGCUCGCACUAAAAGACUUCUUCGCGGCAACUAUGCUUGCUGAAGGAAACAAGACAUCCCUCGCUGACUGGUUUUCGACUUUGGACUGUCUUCUCCGCGAGAUCAACGAGACGAAGGAUCACUACCAUGACAUUCACGAGGAAGACGACGACGACAACUUCACGUGGAGGUAUCUCCAGGUUGUGCAGAUGCUGCGUGGUCAAAGUGCGAGGAGUAUUACAGCAACCGACAACGGAAUUGGCAACAUCGAUUUCCUGAAGAUACUGAUCUUCCGCCAGCGUAUUACGCAGCUCAAGUACUCAAUCCGUAUCGAAAGUGGGCAUGGUUCAGGCAAGAAUGGGUUCUUCAGGGCGACGAAGGAAGACAGAAGUGGUAUGAAAGCGCACAGCUGGCGGUGA